AUGGCUUCAACUGGGGUAAACGUUCUGCGGUGGUCAGCCCUUGGUGCGGGUGUAUUCUACGGAUUCUACCACCAAAUGAGCCUAUCUUCUGCAGCCAAAGCAGCAGCAGCAAGCAGGGAAUUCGAGCACAAGCAAAAGUUAAUUGAGCAAGCGAGAGCAGAGUACGCAAAGAAGAACUUGCCUGCGAGCCAGAAAACCGGAGGUGGUGACAUUAUACGGGAUCCUAUGGACAAGAAUUUCGAUCUCGAGGCAUACUUGAAGGUUCUAGCAGCAGAGAACUAGGGGCAUUCGUGGGAUGGGGGUUUUAAUUAUGGGUAAUGAUAGAGGGGCAUCGCUGAAUGAGACCAUUCGUGGUAGUUGGUAUGGGCUCCGGCGAUGUUUGGAGAGGGUUUCUAGGGUUUGAGCAAACACACAAAAGCCUUUAGACAUCACUUAGGUGAUACUUCUUGUACAUUGUACUAUAGACGACCAAUACAGCUGGGAGCUUCUGUUGUUGGAGACCCAAUUUUCACCUACGAGGACCACAGAAGAAGGAAGUA